AUGGGGUCGAUUGAUGACGAUAUUAUCUUAGCAGCUGCAUCAUUUAUUAUUUUGAGUAAAAAAAAGAAACGAAAACAUAAAUAUUGGGUACGACCAAGCCUCAUAGGAAGAAACACACAUGGAGGAAUUGAGUUAAUAAAUGCUUUGAGAAAAGAUGAUUUGUUAGCAGGACGUAUUGAAGACGGACAAAUAAGAAACUUUCUCCGUAUGACUGAUUCCGAUUUUGAGUGGUUGCUCAAUCUUGUUGGACCAAAAAUUACAAAAAAUUACACUAAUUUUAGAAAAGCCAUCACACCUACCGAACGCCUACUAAUUACUUUAAGAUUUUUGGCUACCGGAGAUUCCUACACUUCAUUAAUGCAUUUAUUUAGGAUUUCAAAGCAAGCGAUUUCAAAAAUUGUACCAGAAGUAUGUAUAGCAAUAUGUGAAGUUCUUGGCGAUCAAAUAAAAAUGCCUGGAACUGCUGAAGAGUGGAAAGUAGUGGCAACACAGUUUAAUAAUCUAUGGAAUUUUCCACAAUGUACAGGAGUUAUGGACGGAAAACAUAUUAUGAUUCAAUCACCAGAACACAGUGGAAGCGAUUACUUUAAUUACAAAUCGUUUUUAGCAUUGUGCUUUUUAUUGUUGCUAAUGCAAAUGUGUUGUAUAUGAAUGUUGGCUGCCAGGGACGCAUAUCGGAUGGUGGUGUUUACGAAAAUACCCAGUUCAAAAGAAUGUUGUCCGAAUGUAAACUUAAUCUACCUAAUAAUGAAAAGCUUCCUGGUAGAGCCAUGGCUGUUCCUUAUGUUUUUCUGGGUGACGAUGCUUUUCCAUUGUCACCAAAUUUGAUGAAACCUUAUCCAGGUACCCAAGAAAAAGGAUCACAGGGAAGAAUAUUUAAUUAUAGACUAUCAAGAGCGCGAAGGGUAUCAGAGAAUGUGUUCGGAAUAUUAUCUGCACGAUUUCGAGUUUUCAGAAAAAUAAUGUUACUUGAACCAACGAAAGCGGAGACAAUUGUGACUGCUUGUAUUUGUUUACAUAAUUAUUUAAGAAAAAAAAAUCAAGGACCACCUACACUCCACCUGGAACUUUCGAUUCUGAAGACAAAGACAGUGGUAAUAUUAUUUCUGGAGCUUGGAGGAACGAGAUGCAAAACAAUAUGCCAUUCCAUAGUUUCGAUAAGAGAGCUCGGAAAUCAAGUAGUGCUGCGAAAGAUGUGAGACAAGAAUUUGCAGAGUUUUUUAUGACCGAACAAGGGAACAUUCCUUGGCAAAAUGACUAUUAACAAAUUAUAUAAAGUAACGAAACAAACAGCAAGAAAAUUAAUUAAUGCAUUAAUAAUAUUAAUUUUAUGAAGUUAUUUUAUUUUUUUUAAGUUAGAAGUUAACUAACUUUCUACUAACUGCUAAAUUACUAGAAUAUGAUACGUUAUGAUCCUCUUUCAAUCGUAGUUAUUCAUAGCUUAUAAAUCGUAAAAUAAAUACAAUAUUGUUGCAUA